AUGACAAGUAAUAGACCAGUUAAGUUCAUUGAUUUCACUGAGGAAAUCAUGAAAAGCUUUGAAAGGAAGGCGGCCCCAAAGAAGCCCAGAAUUAAACUUGACUUAUGGCAGAUUAAGUCCCUGGAGAAGGCCUUUGAAGAUGACUCGCAUCCUUCACAGAAGGCAAAGACAAAGCUCUCUGCCCUUUUAGGAAUAACCAUAAAAAGUAUCCAAAUUUGGUUCCAGAAUAAACGGGCAAAAGAAAAGACAAAAAGAGACCAGAGUGAGACAGAGAGUGAUAGUACUCCAUUCACAUCAGAGCAAGAAGUAUUUCCACCACAUGAAAAUAUUCCACUUCCUGCAGAACCAGAGAAGAAAGUGACAGCACAAAAAUACGAAGAGAGUCACUUUAGACUAAGCAAUGCACCAACACCCUUUGAUAUGUCUGAUAUCUCUGAUCUCACAAUGACAUAUGAUAUAUCCCAGAUAAAUGACUCUUUCUCCUUUGAUCACCAGCAGAAUACAACGUACUCAGAAUACGAUUCAUUUUUGAGUUCAUUCAGUGCCCCACUCUGCAUGCCAGAAGAGAAGCCAGAGGCAGCCAGGCAGACAUAUUCAUCCAGUCAGAAUGGAGUAUUUGAGCAGACGCCUUUAUUCAGCACACUAAACCAGCACAAGUGCCACUUAACAAAUGGUAACCUCACAUACACCACAGACCUAGAAAGACUAGAUUUCUUUAAUGAACUGCAGCACCACAUGACCAACAGUAUUAUUUAG